AUUUCCUCAGGAGGAAGAAAAAAACUCUUGGAAAUUAAAAAGAAGACAAGACAAUUUCAAAUGGUUAUUUCUCCCACCCUAAUCUCAUCUCUACCUCAAUCUGGAGUCACUCUAUAACUUUGGGAAAUUACCAGUGAAGUUACAUGAUAAAAUUUGAAACUACUAAAUAGUAUUUCUUUACAUUUCUAUUGUGCAUGGAAUCUAGUCUCUAACAGUUACUAAAACAUCUCCAUAAGCCAACUGCUUUAAGAAAGACCUCUAUAACAAUCAGAACAACAUGGUGCCAUUUGAAUAUUAUGAUCAACACUUUGUACCAUUAAACCACUCUUACCACCUGGCCACAACCAAUUCAAUAACACAUCAACCCAGUAAACAACCUGUGGCCAAAGUACAGUCCUAUAGCAAUAACCUCGAAGUACAUCCAUUAAGCUGUAUCAGACAGUCCAGAGCUAUUCAAUAUUACCUUCUCCUAAGUCUCAAGUAAAAAUUUCACAGGACCUCAAUAAUAACGAUACAAAUUUACAAAUAUCCCACUCCAAAUGCCCAGUUACUCCUUCAAUGGAUCACAGGAGAAGUUCAUCGUCAUAUCCCAUUUGGAAAGACUUGAACUCAUAUAUAUCACACCCUAAACCUCAGACAACAUUUUCAUCUGACCUUAACAAGACAUCAUCAUCAUCAUUGAAACCAAAUGAAACAUCCUUAAGAUCACAGUUACCCCUCCCCAAAACUCAGACUACAUCUUCAAGCCUAGACCUUCACUAGACAUCACCUUUACUAAAGUCUAACCAAGAAAUUUCAAGUUCAUCAUUGUCUUAUCUCCAACAUCAAGAAACACCUCUGCUAAAUAUCAUGUGGGCUUCUUCUUUGAGACCCAAACAGAAAGCUAAUAAAUCAACAUUACUUCAAUCCAAAUUUCAGAAAACAUCUUCAUUGGAUUGUCUUUGGACAUCUAUAUUGGUACACAAUGAAAGAUAUUUGAGCUCACCAUCACUCAGUACUAAACCUCAAACAAGCAACUUUCUUCAGACAUCACAUUCCUUGGAGUUCAGCCAGAUGGCUCUAAGUUCACCACUGCAGGAUUUCAGACCUCAAAAAAAGACUAUAUUGACCUAUAAUCCCAGUGUUCUGAGUUUACCAUCAUCCCACAAGAAAUUACAGAAAUCACCUUUAUUGCACUCUGUCCACAGGUCUGAGAGUUUAUCAGUGUUCCACCCAAAAUCUCAGACAUUACUUACACUUGAUCAUAACUUCCAGACCCUCAGCUCACCCAUCUGUCACUCCAAGUUUCAGAAUACCACUUCACAGAAUGACAAACACACAGCCACAGAACUACCACCAUCCCACCCCGAAUCAAAUGCCCCAUGCCAGUCAUUGUCAAGCACCAAACACUGCAUCAAGAGUACAGCUGCUUCAACAUGGGGGUCUGGACUCCAGAAUAAAAGCAGCUUUGAUUUUAGUGCAAGGACAGAAUCAGGUAAAGAAAUUCCAUGGACUCUAGAUUAUAGUCAUCCCUGCAUUGUUAAAGGUGGAACUGUACCUGAUCAUGUUGUAAACAAAAUCGUCAAUUCUCUCUCCAAGACCAGAAUCCAAAGGGAUCUCUCUAGACAGAUUCUCUUUCGAAGGAUGAGGGGAAAGCCAAAUCCUCGUCCUGGUCCUCGCCUUUUAUCAACUUACACAGUUUGUUUAUCUUGUACUUCUUUCAUAAAAUCUCCAUGUAACCACCUCAUAGGAAAGAAAGAUCCUCGCUGUGGAACACUAUUUGUCAUACCAACACCCGAGGCCAAUUUUGAGGGGAAAAUCAAGGUGAAAUUACUUCUUAUCCUUUCUCUACCAGAGACUUCUUUCUCACCCUUUCUCCCAAUCCUACCUAUGAAAGGAAACCAGCCUGAAGAUCCCCUUAAUGACAACCUUGAAGAAAUGGAGAAGAUAUCACAGUUUUUCCCUACUUCUGAAUCUGAUAUCAUUCAAGGGCUUGGAGUGAAAAAAAGAUGGUUGGCAGCAUCCCCUGAAAACAAAGUUAAGUUUUGCUGUCCUUAUUAUGCUGACUGGACAAGUAAUGGGGUAGGCAACCUGAUGGAAGGACACUAAUCUGCCACGUCCUGAGUCCACAACCUACCAAUAUUAACAUAGCAUUGGGAUAAGUCCAAGGUCCACACAGCUAUGGGACGCCUCCUGCAGAGAUGGAUUUAUGACUCAAGACCACUGCAACCAGCCACAGGAAUGAACCAAGUAAUGUAAAUGAACCAAGGAAAUGAACCAACA